AAAUUAGAAGUUUUAAAUUUAUCCAAAUAAGAAAAUUCCUUUUUCAUUGUAAAAUAGAUUUCAAAAUUAAAAUAAUAAACCGGAAAAUUUUCUAUUUUCCUAAAAUAAUCCAAGACAAGAAUAUCGCUAUUUUGGUACGAGCGGUAAGUCACAAUACUAGUUUUCCUCGAAUCACCUCGUCAUCUCUGUUGCAACCAUCCUAAAAUGUCGGACUUCACAGUUAAACGCAUUAAGCGCGAUUAUCGUGAUAUCAAAGUUAAUCGUAACAGCAGUGCUAUACCAAUCGAUAUCGAACUUGUAAAUGAUAACUGGACUGAGCUAGAGGGUUAUAUUAUUGGACCAGAGGAUACUCCUUAUGAGGGCGGAAGGUUUGUUUUGGAUAUUAAACUUCCUGGAACGUUUCCAUUCAAUGCACCAAUUAUCACGUUCAAGCAGAAUAUAUGGCACCCGAAUGUAUCACGUGAAGGAAAAAUCUGUGUUGAUAUUUUAGACAAUGGUUGGACUUCAACUUACACGCUGCGUUUUAUUCUACUCUCAAUCCGUGAGCUUUUAGCCUAUCCAGAACUUACUGAUACGCAGAAUUGUGUGUGUACUUUGCAAUAUAAACACAAAUAUCCAAUCUUUGAUAUGACUGCUCGCUUUUGGACUGCUAAGUAUGCUAAUGGGCCCUAUAAAGUCCCACACUGUGAUCUUAAGUUGAGAGAGUUAAUGAGUUAUAACAUGCAUCAGGAUUGUGCUAUGCGUAUACUGUCAGGCGCCGAUUGGGAUAUGAAGGUUAUUAAAGCACAUUUUUUUCCACAAUGCGACGAUGAUUCCGAUGAAUGAAACAGGAAUUAAAUAUAUAUUUUUAUAUCUAAAUUUAAAGUAUAUUUAUUUGUGGUCUUUAAAAUUUCGUAACAAUAAAUGUAUGAAGUUACUUAGUAACUAAA